AUGGACCGCCGUCCUCCCGGCUAUAGUCUCCCGCCGUACGACGACGAGCUCGACUCGCCCACCGGCCACGGAGCCGCCGCCGUCAGAUUGUUGACAUCUGUGGAAGAGUCCCCGGACAGAAGCAGAGACAGACCGUACGUAACACAGCCGUCGUCGCCAAUGGCAACACCAACAUUCCCAAAUAUGUCCUCUCCGUCCUCAUCGACGUCGUCUUUGCAACCCAAGGACGCCUCGAAACUCCAAGGAUCCAACCCCGAGACGUCCACCAUGGCUAUCGACGAGUGUCCAGGAGCCGCCUCGAGCUUGAAGACUAAGCAAGAGACGGAGAUGCAAGCAGCAACCAAGGCGGAUGCUCCCCUUCCUCCCCUUCCUCUUUCUUCUCCUUCUGUUCACAGUUCCCUCCCCCCUCUUGACGUUGUCGUCCCCCCUCCCCUCUACAUCAGACAGGUUCGCAAGAACAACAACAACAACACUGCAAAGUUGCACAGUCCAAGAAGUUUGGCGCUCAAUGACUCCCCAAAUCUUGCCGAGGCUCUGCCAACUAUCCCGGAGGGACCAAGUGAACGCUCCCGGCGAAGAAGAGGGAGUCUAUCAGCAUCGGACCAGCCACCUGCUCAACCACCUCUUCAACCAGCCCCCCAGCCGGCCGUGGUCGACGCUGUCGCAGCGGAACCAGCCGUGAAAAAGAUGAGGCCCACUGUUAGAUGGAAGAUCAAAAGCUCACACGAUAGGCCUAUUAGUAUGCGAUCGCCCCGGCCUCAAUAUACUCCCAGCGUCGCAUCCUCACACACUCGGACCGGGUCAAUUCUGGACGAUGCUCCUAGGAUUCCGCCGCCAGAUGCGUCUUACAUGUCCUACGACACCAGGGACCCUUCUCACAGGCCGUGGUCGCCAGCGUCCAGACUGACGGAUUACUCUCGCCCUCCCGCGUCUCAUGCUUCGUAUGAACCCUCGGACAUCAACGGCAGCCCCAGGCCAGGAACCCCGUCCUCGAGAUAUGGCGGCAGUCCGCGCCGCCCUCUCCCGCCAGCUCCUCGCUUUGGCAACGCAUCGCGCAACUCACAAUUUACCGACGAUGUGACCGUCUCCAUCCCCUUGGACCAUCGCGAAGAUGACGAUGACGUCUUUGGCCCCGAGUCAGACCUCAGCGAAUCUCGCCGUUACGACAACUACGAGCACGAGCAGUAUGAUCACUAUGACGAGGAUGAGAGACACUAUGACGAUGACCGCGACUCAUACCGCUCAGGUCAGGAGACAUUGAGCGAGGAGCAGGAAUACUAUGACAAGUACGAGCACUAUGGACCUGCGCCUGAUGGAGCGCAAGAGAGGCGCGGUGUCCGCGCUCCGCAAAUGGCGAAAAAGGAAGUCCCACUCAUCAAUGGUGAGCUGGUCUUGGAGUGCAAGAUUCCAACCAUCCUCUACAGCUUCCUCCCGCGCCGAGACGAGGUCGAGUUCACUCACAUGAGGUACACCGCCGUGACGUGUGAUCCCGAUGACUUUGUCGACAGAGGCUACAAACUACGACAGAGCAUUGGCCGGACGACUCGAGAGACGGAGCUGUUCAUUUGCAUCACCAUGUACAACGAAGACGAGAUUCUCUUUACCAGAACCAUGUACGCCGUCAUGAAGAACAUUUCCCAUUUCUGCUCUCGAUCUCGAUCUCGUACCUGGGGCGAGAAUGGCUGGCAAAAGGUCGUUGUUUGCAUCAUCUCAGAUGGUCGUGAGAAGAUCCACCCACGCACACUCGACGCCUUGGCUGCCAUGGGAGUCUACCAACAUGGCAUCGCCAAAAACUUUGUCAACAACAGAGCCGUGCAGGCACACGUCUACGAGUACACAACACAAGUCUCGCUCGAUUCUGACCUCAAGUUCAAGGGUGCCGAAAAGGGCAUUGUUCCGUGCCAAAUCAUCUUCUGUCUCAAGGAGAAGAACUCGCGCAAGCUCAACUCGCACCGAUGGUUCUUUAAUGCAUUUGGCAAGGCCCUGAACCCCAACAUUUGCAUUCUACUCGAUGUGGGAACUCGUCCCGGUGGCACUUCGCUGUACCAUCUCUGGAAGGCCUUUGACUUUGACUCCAACGUUGCCGGAGCAUGUGGUGAAAUCAAGGCUCUGAAGGGCAAAUACGGGUCAUACCUGUUGAAUCCUCUGGUUGCAUCGCAAAACUUUGAGUACAAGAUGUCCAACAUCCUGGACAAGCCCCUCGAAUCUGUGUUUGGUUACAUCACCGUGUUGCCCGGUGCCCUCAGUGCCUACCGUUACCAUGCGCUACAAAACGACGAGACUGGCCAUGGGCCACUGAGCCAGUAUUUCAAGGGUGAAACGCUCCACGGCCAACAUGCGGAUGUGUUCACAGCCAACAUGUAUCUGGCCGAAGAUCGUAUCCUUUGUUGGGAGCUCGUGGCCAAGCGAGGCGAGAGAUGGGUGUUGAAAUACGUCAAGGGUUGUCAUGGAGAAACGGACGUCCCCGACUCUGUUCCCGAGUUCAUCUCUCAACGAAGAAGAUGGCUGAACGGUGCCUUCUUUGCUGCUGUCUACUCACUUGUCCAAAUGCGACAAAUUCUGCAGACCGACCACACCCUUGCUCGCAAGGUCCUCUUGUACAUUGAGUUUGUCUAUCAGUUUGUCCAGCUGCUCUUCACCUACUUCUCUCUCGCAAACUUCUAUCUGGCUUUUUACUUCGUCGCUGGUGGUCUAGCGGACAAACGAGUCGAUCCGUUUGGACACGGCAUUGGAAACAUCAUAUUCAUUAUCCUGAGAUACACGUGUAUCUUGCUCAUCGCUAUCCAGUUCAUCCUGUCUCUUGGAAAUCGUCCACAGGGUGCAAGAAGACUCUACUUGGGCAGUAUGAUUAUCUACAGCAUCAUCAUGGUUUACACGACUUUUGCCAUCUUUUACAUUGUUGUAAGGCAAUUCACGGACCCGGACAGUGGCGCUUCGAUCUCGCUCGGUAAUAACGUGUUUACGAAUCUGAUUGUCUCGUUGGCCUCGACGGUUGGUCUAUAUUUUGCCAUGUCGUUCUUAUACCUCGAUCCCUGGCACAUGUUUACCUCGGCCGGCCAAUAUUUCCUUCUGCUGCCGAGUUAUAUCUGCACCCUGCAAGUUUACGCCUUUUGCAAUACCCACGACGUCACUUGGGGUACCAAGGGUGACAAUGUGAUGAAGACCGAUCUGGGAGGCGCCGUCGGUAAGGGUGAAACUGUCGAGCUUGAAAUGCCCAGCGAGCAGCUUGAUAUUGAUAGCGGAUACGACGAGGCUCUGCGUAAUCUGCGUGACCGCAUCGAGGUUCCGGAGAAGCCCCCGAGCGAGUCUCAGAUGCAGGAAGACUACUACAAGAGCGUGCGAACAUACAUGGUUGUCUCGUGGAUGAUGCUCAACGCCAUCCUCGCCAUGGCCGUGUCCGAGGCGUACAGCGACAAGGGUAUUGGCGACAACUUUUACCUUCGUUUCCUGCUUUGGAGCGUGGCGGGCUUGGCGGUUUUCCGUGCCAUAGGAUCAACCACGUUUGCCGUCAUCAACCUCAUCCACCUGAUUGUCGAAGGCAGAAUCCGCAUGACGCUCAAGUUGCCGAGCUGGGCUGGCGGCAUGGGCGAGAAGCUGAGCGAAACGAUGAGCAGCGUGGGAAGUAGCAUCACUAAUACCCUUAGAACUUGA